AUGAUGCCUUGGGGUUUGGAUCUAUUCGACCCGAGGACCGCCACAAUGGAGUCGGACUCAAGCUCGUCUCCGACCGGCGGCCGUGACCCGGACUUCGGGUUCGCCUUCAACGACAGCAAUUUCUCCGAUCGGCUCCUCCAAAUAGAGAUUGUCGCCGAUCCGCCCGACGGCCAAACGGAGCCGGAGGGCUGCCGGACCCUGGCUGAUUGGGCGGGGAGAAAGAGCAAACGACAACUUGAGGAGAAAAAGGGGAAUGCAUUGGAUAUCAACAAUUGUCCGGAAGAGCAGAUCUUGGAUUCUCAGCAGCCAGAUGUCGAUGAUGUUAAUGACGGCAUCGGUGAUGAGAAUCACGAUGAAGAAGAGAUUCCCAUGAUAGAAGAUUCACCACCAGUUGAUGAAUUUGCAAACAGUGAUGAUACCACUUGUUAUGAAGACUGUGCAACAGUUUUAAGAGUUAAAACAUUGCAUAUUAGUUCUCCCAUCUUAGCAGCAAAGAGUCCCUUUUUUUACAAGUUAUUCUCAAACGGUAUGAUGGAAUCAGAACAGAGACAUGUAACUCUGAGAAUUUGUGCCUCUGAGGAAAAUGCCCUUAUGGAGCUCCUGAAUUUCAUGUAUAGCAACACAUUGGCUGCCAAUACAACUACUGCUCUGCUCGAUGUGCUCAUGGCUGCCGACAAAUUCGAGGUGGCUUCUUGCAUGAGAUAUUGUAGCCGCCGCUUGAGAAAUCUGCCUAUGACUCCCGAAUCUGCUUUACUCUAUCUGGAACUCCCUUCGAGCGUACUCAUGGCUGAUGCGGUUCAACCGUUGACCGAUGCAGCUAAACAGUUCCUAGCUGCUCGUUAUAAAGACGUGUCAAAUGUGCCGUGGACUUCUUUCAUGGCGGACGAUAGCCUGUAUUUUAUUGGUGGGGUGCUGCAUUUGCGGGCCGAGCUUACCAUCAGGCAGUGA